GAGCAGAAUUGAAGCCGAUCAAGGGUGGCUUCCGGGCUCCAAAGGAAACUCUGCCCACCUGGACGAGUCAGCAAGUCGAGAGAUCAGGCCUGAACAUGGGUCAAAACUGAGAUUCUUCACUGCUAGCCGAUGACCAUUUGGAAAAGAUGGCUGGUCCCUGUGAGUUCUUCGAGGAGAUCAGCUCUGAGCACAUGAAAGACUUCCACUUCAUUGACCGUGGGGCCUUUGGCGACAUCUACCGGGUCCGGCACCAAGAGUGGGGGAUUGAUGUGGCUGUGAAGAUCCUCAACCGGAAUGCCAGCUUCACCCGAGAACUGCUGAACGAAGCCCGUGCCAUGGACAAGGCCCGCUUCCUUUACGUCCUGCGUCUUUAUGGCCUCUAUGUGGGCAAAGUGCCAUCGGACGGUACCUGCGUAGGGCUAGUGAUGGAGUACAUGGAGAACGGCAGCCUGUCCACCUUGCGGGAGUGGGUCAACGCGGUGCCCUGGGCCUUGCGGUUUCGCAUCCUCCACCAGGUGGCGCUGGGGAUGAAUUUCCUGCACAACCUCAGCCCGCCAUUGUUACACCUGGACCUCAAACCGAGUAACGUGCUACUGGACGCAGAGUUGCAUGUCCGGGUGGCUGAUUUUGGGUUGUCCAAGUUCAAACGAGGAUUUACUCGUCCAUCCAGUCAAGCUUCCAGGGAAGGAGAAGGAUAUGGUGGGACGUUGGAAUACUUGCCGCCAGAGGCCUUUGCUGAUUUAAACUACCAUCCAACCCCAGGCACGGAUGUCUACAGUUAUGGCAUUCUCAUGUGGUCAGUGUUAGCUGGCCAGGAACCCUAUCCGCAUCUCCCACCUGGCAACAUGAGUUCCAUGAUCAGCCGCCUGAUCCCGCAAGGCCAAAGGCCAAGCACAGAGGCUCUGGAGAAGACAGACAAUGUGUUGAACCUGGAGAACAUGAUUGAUCUCAUGAAAUGGUGUUGGCAUAAUGACAAAACCAAGAGACCACCCUUCCGAGAAUGCACACAAGUGACAGAGAAAGCAUACAGUUGUCACCAACCACACAUAAGGGCUGCUGUUCGUGAAGUUCAAGAUAUUUUGGCUCACAGGAACAGCUCUUCCUUCAAGAAAUGUGGAGUCACCUCAGUCCAAGACGUGAAGAAAGCCAGCCUUUCCCCUCGGAGGCCGGAUAAAGUGGAACAACAGCAACUUCUAACUCCUUCCUCUGAAUUGGAAGAGAAAUUUGAGACAAUGACUCUCACUGGAUUCCCGUCUUGGCAAAACGAGGCUGCGCCCUCAGAAGCGUCUCCCAAACCAAGCCCAGAAGGGAAACCAUCAGCCCCACCGUUUCUCCAACGAAGUCAAAGCGCUUACGGUGACAAAGGAGGAGAGGAAGCGGGCAUUGAAGAAACUUAUCACCCACAGGUGAACAUACGGACUCGGCCCAAACUUGCAGGUAGAAAGCCCCGUCCCUAUUCAGAUACGUACCUGCCCUGUCACCCUGGAUACCUGCCUUAUCAACAGCAGUUUUAUAGCUCCCAAGUGGAUGCAAGAUUUCUCCACCAAGAUCGUUCCCUUCUGCCACAGUUUCAACCUCGGUCUUCAUACAAUGGAAUCCAUAUCCAUGGUCAAGACAUCAGAGGCGUCCAGUUUGGAGACCAUAAUAACAUGCAUAUCGAAAUGAGAAAUUCAGGAAGCCGUGGGAAGAAGCCAUGAUCAAUGCCUUACAGGGUAUGGAUGCUUUCUUAUGGACAUUUCUGCUUCUUCUGCAUUGAGGCCAUUCACUCUACAUCUGAAUAUUGUCUUUCCCACCUCAGUGUUCUGUUUUACCAUCAUCUCCACUUCAUUCCAUGAGGACAGUCUGGUAGAAUUUCAGCUGGAACCCAUUUGUCAAUCCAUAUGUCGCGUUUUAUUUCAUUGUUUGUUAGAAGAAAUGAGAAUGACUCACUCUGACCAGCAGAAGUGGCUCUGCUAAUUCCUCCUGUCAAUUGGUGUUAUAAAUAAGAACAAGGACCUCCCCCAGAGCCCUUUGAGCCAUGCGUGUGGGCUGCCUGACCUGCCAAUCUGGGAGUCUCUGGGUCCCUCCCAGGGUUGCCUAGUGCUUCUGAUUGAGAGGAGGAGUUGGCUUUCAGGGAUGGGGACGACCACGGACAGACGGAUGGGCAUGGGAAAAUGGGCAUUAAAAUUAAAUUUAAAUCACUUUAAAAGUUUGUUGGUUUGUUUUGUUUUGGUUCGUUGCUUUUGACAAACCUGAACUGACCCGAACCAACAAAUCAGCAAUUUUUGGUGAACUUCCUGGUUGUCUUUUUGGUUCAUUUAUCCUUCCCUGCUCAUGAGCUAUUCAUUCUCUCUAUCCUGUGGCUGAUACUAGCUGGCGACAGAGGCUCUGAAGAAAAACGCACACAAACCAAGAUUUAAAACACACUAGAUACAAAUGUGCUAUUCCUACAUAGCGAAUGUCGGCAAACUUCAUAGAUUGAGGAAAGCCACUUCUCACCCCCCCCGCCCCAAGUCCCAUCCUGCACGUAAAACCACGUUUGGUCUGAAGAAAAUAAACUUUUUCACAAAAGCAAGGCAUAUGGGGUGGCGCUCUUUUCCUGAGUUUUGAAAAAAUAAAAGUCAUAAAAAUGUAAAAUAAAAUUAAA